AUGGGGAAGGCGGAAGCCGUUAUUAAAAAUGAGAUUCCCAACUGCUGGGAAUGCCCCAAGUGCAAACGGGAAGGGAAAUCCACCAAGCCGGAGCGGGCCCCCCUGCCCCUGGACAGCGGCUCGGACCACGUCAUGCAGCGCGAUGUCUGGCUGGCUGUCUUCCAGCACCUCAGCUACCGCGAGCUCUGCGUCUGCAUGCGCGUGUGCCGGACCUGGAGCCCCAGCUGCAGUAACCACGGGCAUCGCUGGGGGUGCUGUGAUAAGCGCCUGUGGACCCGCAUUGACCUGAGCCGCCGAAAAUCAAUCACCCCGUCUAUGCUGAGCGGCAUCAUCCGCCGGCAGCCGGCCAGCCUGGACCUCAGCUGGACCAACAUCUCCAAGAAGCAGCUCAUGUGGCUCAUCAACAGGCUGCAGGGCCUGCGGGAGCUGGUCCUGACGGGCUGCUCGUGGUGCUCCGUCUCGGCGCUCAGCACCGCCAGCUUCCCUGCACUGCGGCUGCUUGACCUGCGCUGGAUCGAGGACGUGAAGGACUCGCACCUCCGGGAGCUGCUGCUGCCCCCCACAGACAGCAAGCCAGGUGGGGAUGAGGGGGUGCUGUGAUGU